GCGGCGCAGAGCGGUGAGCGGCGGCCGGCUGGCGGCACCGGGCCCCAGCUGCGCGAGCAGGUACCCGCGGCAGAGGUGGCCAGGCCGCCCCAGGGGGCGAGCGCGAAGGCGGGGGCUCCGGCCCGCUGCGCCCCCAUGCUGCGGUGAGCACUACGCGCUCCGCGCACUUGUAGCCGCGCCGCGCCGAGCCAGCCCCAGCCCCAGCCCUAGCGAGCCGACUCUCCCCGCCCAGCCAGCCCGGCCCCUACCUGCGGCCGCCGUCAGGGGAGGGGGGUCCCCCCAGCUCUGCGGAGCCGCAUGAACAAUAGGCGGCGGCGGCUCCUGCGGGCGGCAGCAGCCCCGCACCCUAUGGAUCGGCCGCUCCAUGGAGCCCUCCAGAGCGCUUCUCGGCUGCCUGGCGAGCGCCGCCGCUGCAGCCCCGCCGGGGGAGGAUGGAGCGGGGGCCGGGGCCGAGGAGGAGGAGGAAGAGGAGGAGGAGGCGGCGGCGGCGGUCCCCAGGGAGCUGGGCUCCGACGCGCCGCUGCCCUACUGGACGGCCGUGUUCGAGUACGAGGCGGUGGGCGAGGACGAGCUGACCCUGCGGCUGGGCGACGUGGUGGAGGUGCUGUCCAAGGACUCGCAGGUGUCCGGCGACGAGGGCUGGUGGACCGGGCAGCUGAACCAGCGGGUGGGCAUCUUCCCCAGCAACUACGUGACCCCGCGCAGCGCCUUCUCCAGCCGCUGCCAGCCGGGCGGCGAAGACCCCAGUUGCUACCCGCCCAUUCAGUUGUUAGAGAUUGAUUUUGCGGAGCUAACCCUGGAAGAGAUUAUUGGCAUCGGGGGCUUUGGGAAGGUCUACCGUGCUUUCUGGAUAGGGGAUGAGGUCGCCGUGAAAGCAGCUCGCCACGACCCGGACGAGGGCAUCAGCCAGACCAUAGAGAAUGUUCGCCAGGAGGCCAAGCUCUUCGCCAUGCUGAAGCACCCCAACAUCAUUGCCCUUAGGGGGGUGUGUCUGAAGGAACCCAACCUCUGCUUGGUCAUGGAGUUUGCUCGUGGAGGGCCUUUGAAUAGAGUGUUAUCUGGGAAAAGGAUUCCCCCAGACAUCCUGGUGAACUGGGCCGUGCAGAUUGCCAGAGGGAUGAACUACUUACAUGAUGAGGCAAUUGUCCCCAUCAUCCACCGCGACCUUAAAUCCAGCAACAUACUGAUCCUCCAGAAGGUGGAGAACGGAGACCUGAGCAAAAAGGUUCUGAAGAUCACCGAUUUUGGCCUGGCUCGGGAAUGGCACCGAACCACCAAGAUGAGCGCAGCAGGGACGUAUGCCUGGAUGGCACCUGAAGUCAUUCGUGCCUCCAUGUUUUCCAAAGGCAGCGACGUGUGGAGCUAUGGGGUGCUGCUUUGGGAGCUCCUGACCGGUGAGGUGCCCUUCCGAGGAAUCGAUGGCUUAGCUGUCGCUUAUGGAGUGGCCAUGAACAAGCUUGCCCUUCCCAUUCCUUCUACAUGCCCGGAACCUUUUGCCAAACUCAUGGAAGAUUGCUGGAAUCCUGACCCCCAUUCACGACCAUCUUUCACGAAUAUCCUGGACCAGCUAACUACCAUAGAGGAGUCUGGUUUCUUUGAAAUGCCCAAGGACUCCUUCCACUGCCUGCAGGAUGAUUGGAAGCAUGAGAUUCAGGAGAUGUUUGACCAACUCAGGGCCAAAGAAAAGGAGCUGCACACCUGGGAGGAGGAGCUGACGCGGGCCGCACUCCAGCAGAAGAACCAGGAGGAGCUCCUGCGGCGCCGGGAGCAGGAGCUGGCCGAGAGGGAGAUCGACAUCCUGGAGCGGGAGCUCAACGUCAUCAUACACCAGCUGUGCCAGGAGAAGCCGCGGGUCAAGAAACGCAAGGGCAAGUUCAGGAAGAACCGACUGAAGCUCAAGGACGGAAACCGCAUCAGCCUCCCUUCCGAUUUCCAGCACAAGUUCACGGUACAGGCCUCACCCACCAUGGAUAAAAGGAAGAGUCUCAUCAACAGCCGCUCUAGUCCUCCUGCAAGCCCCACCAUCAUUCCUCGCCUGCGAGCCAUCCAGUUGACACCAGGCGAAAGCAGCAAAACCUGGGGCCGGAGCUGUGUCAUCCCCAAGGAGGAGGGGGAAGAGGAGGAGAAGAGGGCCCCCAAGAAGAAGGGACGGACGUGGGGGCCAGGUACACUUGGUCAGAAGGAGUUUGCCUCAGGAGACGAAGGAUCCCCUCAGAGACGUGAGAAAGCUAAUGGUUUAAGUACCCCAUCAGAAUCUCCACAUUUCCACUUGGGCCUCAAGUCCCUGGUAGAUGGAUACAAACAGUGGUCGUCCAGUGCCCCCAACCUGGGGAAGGGGCCGAGGAAUAGUCCAGCCCUGCCAGGGUUCACCAGCCUUAUGGAGAUGGAGGACGAGGACAGCGAAGGUCCACGGAGUGGGGAGAGUCGUCCACAGCCGUCACCCAACCAGUCCUACCUCUGCAUCCCAUUCCCUCGUGGAGAGGAGGGGGACGGCCCCCCCGGCGACGGCGUCCACGAGGAGCCCACCCCAGUCAACUCGGCCACCAGUACCCCUCAGCUGACGCCAACCAACAGCCUCAAGCGGGGCGGCCCCCACCACCGCCGCUGCGAGGUGGCUCUGCUCGGCUGUGGGGCCGUCCUGGCGGCCACGGGCCUCGGGUGUGACCUGCUGGAAGCUGGCAAGUGCCAGCUGCUCCCCCCAGAGGAACCCGAGCCGCCAGCCCGGGAGGAGAAGAAGAGGCGCGAGGGCCUUUUCCAGAGAGCCAGCCGUCCCCGUCGGAGCACCAGCCCCCCAUCCCGGAAGCUCUUCAAGAAGGAGGAGCCCGUGCUGUUGCUAGGAGACCCCUCUGCCUCCCUCACGCUGCUCUCUCUCUCCUCCAUCUCCGAGUGCAACUCCACCCGCUCCCUGCUGCGUUCUGACAGUGACGAGAUCGUGGUGUACGAGAUGCCCGUCAGCCCCGGGGAGGCCCCGCCCCUGAGCCCCUGCACCCGCAAUCCCCUGGUCAAUGUCCGAGUGGAGCGCUUCAAGCGAGACCCGAGGCAGUCCCUGACCCCCACCCAUGUCACCCUCACGGCCCCCCGCGCUGAGCCCAGCGCCCACCGGCGGACUCCUUCCGAUGGGGCCCUCAAGCCGGCGGCCCCUCGAGCCAGCAGGAGCCCCUCCAGCAACGGGCUGAGCCCCAGCCCUGGAGCAGGAAUGUUGAAAACCCCCAGCCCCAGCCGAGACCCAGGUGAAUUCCCCCGUCUCCCUGACCCCAAUGUGGUCUUUCCCCCGACCCCAAGGCGCUGGAACACACAGCAGGACUCUGCCUUGGAGAGACCCAAGACCCUGGAGUUUCUGCCUCGGCCGCGUCCUUCUGCCAACCGGCAGCGACUGGACCCUUGGUGGUUCGUGUCUCCCAGCCACGCCCGUAGCGCCUCCCCAGCCAACAGUUCCAGCACGGAGACGCCCAGCAACCUGGACUCCUGCUUGGCAAGCAGCAGCAGUACCGUGGAGGAGCGGCCUGGGCUGCCAGCCCUGCUCCCCUUCCAGGCGGGGCCACUGCCACCCGCCGAGCGGACGCUUCUGGACCUGGACGCAGAGGGCCAGAGUCAGGACGGCACCGUGCCGCUGUGCAGAGCCGCGCUGAACACACACAGGCCUGCCCCUUACGAGAUCCAGCAAGAGUUCUGGUCUUAGCGCGAAAAGGGUUGGGGGGCGG